AUGCUUCGUCUUACGUUAACACGUCUUGUUGCAACAAGUCGAAUAACAAUUAGUUCUUCGAAAAUUAUAACUAAUCAUCAUCGUAAUUUUCUUCGAAAUUUCUCAUCACAAUCCAAUGAUAAUAUUCACCAAUCUAAAAUUCCUUUAGCUAAUAUAAAUAAAGGAGAAGAAUCUAAACGAAUGGGAAUUCAAUUUACGUGUAAAGUAUGUGAUCAUAGAUUACAAAAAACUUUUACUCGUCAGUCGUAUGAACAAGGAGUUGUUAUUAUUCGAUGUGAUUCAUGUUCAAGUCUUCAUUUAAUUGCCGAUAAUCUAGGUUGGUUUAAAGAUUUAACACAAAAUGGAAAAUUCAAAAAUAUUGCUCAAAUGCUUCAAGCAAAAGGUGAAACAAUACAUCGUGUAACUGUUACUCCAACUACUGAUGAAUCAAUAUUAAACGAAGAAAAAAUGACAGACAAAACAAAAACUGUAGCAAAAAUGAAUUCAAAUUUAAUUAAAGAAUUUAAUCGUUAUAGAGAAGAAAAUACUGAAUUAAUGAAUAGAUUUAAUGAACUUCAUAAACAAAUAAAAAAACAAAGAAUAAAUUCAUACGAAGAUCUUCAACAAGUUAAUCAACAUGCAGCUCAAACUAUUGUAAAACUUGCAUCAAAUACUAAACCAUUUCGAUUAGGUGGACGUGCUUUUGGUUUUUAUGGUUUAACAUCAACAGGAAAAAGUACAAUAAUUAAUAAAUUACUUGGAUAUGAUUUAUCUGACAAAGAUGCUGGUAAAACAACAAAAGAAAUUCAACGUUAUGAAGGACAAAAUUGUCGUCUCUUUGAUAUUCCUGAUAAAAAUGAUGAUAUGUCUUAUUUUACUAUGGAAUAUAUUGCUUUUUGGAAAGGAUUGACAAAAAUAUUAGUAUUAAUAACAACAACAAUUACAGAAAUGACAAAUGUUUUUCAUCUUCUUGAUGCGCUUAAUCUUCGAUAUGAUAUUGUUAUCAAUAAAUUUGAUUUAGUACCUAUUGAAAAAAGACAAGAGUUUAAAAAAAAAAUAAAUCAACAAAUUUGUGAAUCUGAACUUCAAGGUGUUGAUCAUGUUUGGUAUGUUAGUGCACUUAAUCCAAAUCAAUGUCCUGAUUGGUUGACUUUAGUUAAUUCAUUAACUUAUCGUCCAGAAAAUGUUUUUAAUGAUUAUGAUUCCGUCGAUGAUUUUUUUUAUGAAUAA